AGGAUUUCCAUCGGCCGCUGAAAGUGCGAUAUGCGCAGUCUGGCGAGCAAGGCAUUGACCUUGGAGGAGUGCAGAAGGAGUUUUUCCGCAGCGUCUUUGCUGCACUGCUGUCUCCUGAGACGACCAUGUUCAAGCCCAUCGCAGGCAACACCCUCAUUUGGAUCAACGCACAUACGCACGAGCCCCUCCGCUCCUUCUAUUACUUUGGUGUUCUCGUCGGCCUUGCUCUCUACAACAGCGUCAACAUCCGCCUCAACCUCCCGCUCGCCUUCUACAAGCAGCUGCUUGAUCGCCGUGCGGACGCGUCUGAUUUCCGCGCCAUGUUCCCCGACCUUGCACACGGUCUCGACCAGCUGCUGGAGUACCCGGGCGAUGUUGAAACGGACAUCUGCAGCACAUACUCCGUCUCCGACAUGUACCUGGGGGAGGCCAUUGAGCAGCCGCUGAUCGAGGGCGGAAACGACAUUGUUGUCACAAACGAGACGCGACAGCAGUACGUCAAGGACUACAUCGAGUUUGUGCUGCACAAGAGCAUGGAACAGCAAAUGGGAGCGAUUCGCAACGGGUUCAUGGCGGUGAUGGCCGGGUGGGCCGUCAACCUCUGCACACCAGCAGAGCUCCAAGUCAUGAUCUGCGGCAGGGAUGACAUUGACUUGAGCACGAUGAAGCCAUCCGCUGCGUACAUCGGCUACGAAGAGUCGGACGACACAAUCCAGCACCUGUGGCGGUUCCUUGACAGUUUGGACGACGAAGGGAAGCGAAACUUCCUCCUCUUCGUUUCAGGCUCCGCGCGAGUCCCACUUGGUGGACUGCAGUCGCUACAUUUUACCAUUCAACGUGCAGAGCACACAAAUUUCAGCCGGCUGCCAACGGCAAUGACGUGUUUCAACCGCCUCGUCCUUCCCGCGUACCCGACAGAAGAGCUGCUGAGACAGCGCGUUCAAACGGCCAUCGACAACGCGCAAGGAUUUGGCCUUGUGUGACGCCACCAUGACAACAACAUUACCGUUGUUCCAGGGUUGCAUGUUUUUGUCACCAACUCGCUUACUUCCUGCACUGCCUCGCCACAUGCACGUUUUGCGUGUAUGAACAAGAGGGGUGUCAUUAUGUUAUGCACAGAGCGCUUUGACGAGUAACCGUAACCGAAGAAAAGGAAAUGAAUGAAUCAAACAGCACAGGUAACGCAGAUAAACAAACUGCAAGGUGA